CCAACGCGCUAUCCUCUGCGCCACAGGGACUUGGUCACAAAAUAGGUGUUUAUUUGUUACUAUUAACCUAAAUUUUGUAAGAAUUAAUAUUUACUACAUUUUUUAUAAAUAAUUUUUACCCGAGAUUGUUUAUAACAAAUAAGAAAGUAAUUAUUAGCGAAAACAUUCCCAAUUAGAUAAGCUUAUUAACAUUAACCUCUUUAAACAGUUGAAUAGAAACAAUUGUCAAAAUUAACAGUUCACCCCCUUUCCGAAGAAAUGAUUUCUGAUAAAAUCGUACCGGCUGUUCAAAUGUCAGACGUGGUCCCUAGCGAAAUGUCCGCGGAGGAAUUUCAAAAACGUCUCUACAGAUGGUUCGAAGACCGUGGUUUGCUGUCGGAGCUUCGUGCGCACUUAAGGAAGCAAAUGAUCGGCGCUUUGAAAGAUACGUCGAUAGGGCACGUUGCAUUCACACAAAGCAAUAAAAGCGUGGUCUCCCCCAAAACUCAAGCCUUCAACUUGCUAGUGGGAGAGUUUCUGUUGCGUUACGAUUAUCAUUACUCGCUGUCGGUAUUCAGCACGGAGGUUCCGUUAACGAAUACCAUACCCGAAGUUCCCAUGCCCAUCAAUUCGUCGCCGCCGGAUAAAGGGAGCUGUAGAGAGUGGAAGUUUGCGGAGGGAGACAUGUGGGAUAUAUUGGAAACGAUGGGAGUUGCUCGCGAAUCAGAGAUAGCAAAGAAGAUUUACCACGCUUACUACGAAGAGGGAGAGCAGCCUCUGCUGGCGUACCUAAUCAAAUUUCCUAACCGUGUGCUCGGGUCGGUCGACGCAAAUUUUGAGUGUUUGUUGUCUUCGAACACUUACGACGAUUGGGCAAGGGCCGUAGGGGAAUUAUUGCAUUCGAAUCAAGUUAAUGCGCAGCAAAUUAAAAGUGUUUUAAACUCGAUUGUAUCGAUCGUUGACGGUGAAAGGAAGCACUUACAGGAAGAGUGUACCAGCUUAAGGGCCAAACUUAGUCAGUACGAGAGCACCCAGAAACAGUUGGAAGUCGAAGAGUACCGGGGGAAACUGCUUCACCAUCAAAAUUUGUUGCAGGAGCGCUAUCACCAAUUAAUUUUGAGGGAGAGAGAGGUCCAACAAAGAGAGUACCGACUCGAAGAGAAAGAGCAGCAGUUGGCAGUCAGGGAGAAGUGUCUACAGACAACUUUGAAGGAAAGCGAGCAAGGAGCCGGCAAAGACAACGAGCUGAUUACUCAAUUACAAACUGAAAAUAAAGCGUUACAAGAUAUUAAGGAGGAGCAAGGUCGACGUAUUGACGAGCUCACCGAAAAAUCGACAAUAUUACUUCGCGAUCUUGAAAGUGCCCAAACCGCCGUAAAUAUUCUCACCAGCGGCGGAUUGCGACCAUCGACCCACACGAAGGAGAAAAGCUCGCCGAGUUCGAGCGCGUCCGACGAUGGAACUACAAACGUACGGCGGGAAGCUCGAGAACUUCUGGAACGGCUAACGAAGGAAAGUGAGGAAAUGGAUCGUCACUAUCAACAGUUCAAAAGGCAAAGUCAUCGUAAUGGCCUUAAGCAAUUCGCGGAUACCGUAAGACCGCGCUCAUUUAGAGAUCCUUUUCAGCUUAAAGCCGGUCACUCGUUGGAUUACUUUUCCGAUUUGGAGUUAAGCAAACCAAGUUGCAGUUUGAAACGAGGUGAAAAUGUUCCGUGUAAAGAUACCGAUAGUGCGUCGAGCGGAUUAGAUCAUACGUUCCCUUUGUCAAUUUCAGAAGCGACUAGUGAUAAUGUACCUAGUAAUUAAUGAAUUAGUUAAUUCGCAACUUAUUUUGUUAAAUUAAAACUGAUUAAUUUAU